UGAAACUCCCCACAAUGUAUUGGUGUAGAUUAAGUCUGGUCUAAACUCCUGAUCUGACCUGAGUCUGUGAGGCUGUUCAGCAGCUGUAGGCCAUAAUGUGAUGCGUGCUAACGGGAUUACAGAUCAGAUUAGCGCAGAUUUUCCUCCUUAACCCUGCACACUGCACAGACACGUAGACCACCAAGAGCAGGACCUGCAUGACCCCAACUCGUCCACCCUGCGUGACCCCUUCUCGUCCACCCUGCGUGACCCCGACUCGUCCACCCUGUGUAUCUGCUUUGCCUGGAUUUCAGGAGCUUUGAAAUGCUGUGGUAGCAUAAUCUGGCUAACGGCUGGGACUGCAGGUCUAAUGUGAACACUGACAGACUGCAGACUGAUGAUGAUGAUGAUGAUGAUGAUGAUGGUGAUGAAGAUGGCCCUCUCUCUGACUCUCCUGCUCUCCGUGUGAGGUGGAAAUGACCAGAGCAUUGUCAGAACAGAGUGUGUCAAAGCGUGUGUGUGUGUGUGUGUGUGUGUGUGUGUGUGUGUGUGAGGCUGAUUGAUUAAAGGGGUUUGGAGAACUUCAUGGAGGAACAGCAGGCAGGGGGGUCUGAGCGUGCUCAGUGUGAAUAUUCUGGAUACUCUGGUAUUCUGGGGGACAGCGAGGACAGCGAUGGAGAGCUGAUAGCUGAGCCUCUGCUGGCUCCGUGUGAGGAGUCCUCUGUGUUGGGGAGACUCGGGCUGAGGAGCCAUGAGGAGAUGACCGAGGAAGAGGUUGAGUGUGCGUUUGGUCAGUUUGCGAUGGCCUUCCACUGUGACCAGUACACACUGACCCAGAGGCUGCGGGCAGAGGAACAUGAUCGCACUGUAGCGCUAGAGAACCUGCAGCUGGAGCUACAGCACACCAGAGAUGCACUGCAGGUGCUAUGUGUGCGGAUGGUGGAUGGUGAAGUGAGGGAGAUGGUGAUGCAGAUGGAGGAGAGUCUGCAGAAGCUGGAGAGCAGCAUGGAGAACAUCAUCACUGCAGCAGAGACACUGGGAGCCACACAUCAGAGUGUUUGUGGUCAGGAGGCUCGUAUGAGUCGGGCAGUGGAGCUGAUGUCUCUGCAUGUCGAGCACCUGAGGAGGCGUCAGAGUGUGGAGAACGUGGAGCUCCUGCAGACGAAGAAUCUGCUGCAGCGAGCGCGCGGACGACUGCUCAGCGACUCCGCCGACGACGGAGAGCUGAAGCAGCUGGUGGGAGACUCCAGACAGGUCACUCGCCGCCGAGUCAGCGUGACUCUGAUCCCGACACAGGCUCAGCUGACAGAUUUGGAGGUGAAGUUUCUGGAGAGCUGUCGCUCGGCAGAGGAACCGGACGGUCAGAAUCAGGAUGGGUCGGUUCUGAAAUCCACCCAAAGGUGUGCUGUUUGCCCUGUAGAUGGCAGUGUUGAGCGCAGCCCUUCUCACAUUCGCACUGACUCCUCCAUCCAGCCGGAGUCCACUGAAGAGGAGCACACAGCCUCCGAUGGCUGCCCCAGUCCCUUGCAGAUCCGUCUGAGGUGUCGUCGUCGGACUGCAUUAAAGUCAGAUCAGAGCUCAGAGGACAGGGAGGAGUCAUGUUCAGAGUCCAGCACACCUGAGUGGUCACAUGACCCUGCUGACAUCAUCCAAUCAGAGCCGUUUGGACAUGUGGCGCAGUGCCCCCUGCUGUCCUGGCUGUCCCGCAGCAGGAGAACGCUGAUGGUUCUGCUGGUGCUGUGUGGAACCACCAUCAUUGUGCUCAUCCUGCUGUUGUAUAUCAGAGCUCCACUCCGCAGAACGUGACUGUGUUAAUGUAGACACUGUAAUUUUUUUGGAUUAUUUGUCUGCAUAUUUAACAUGAAUGACCAGGUUUAAGAUUUAAAGGUGUAAAUAAAAGUCCUUCACACUUGUGUGUUUCUUUAA